AUGACUCACAUCUGGUCUCGACUGACUGCCGGCGUCCUUGUUGCCAGACUCACAUCUGGUCUUGCGUCCUUGUUGCUAGGCAUCGAGGUGAAGUUUAAGAACAUGGUGUACCCGGUGAUCUUGGCGCCGACCUUCGUCCCUGAACUCAACGCGGUGACGCACACGGAGCACGGUGUGGUGUUCGGUGCAGCGUGCACUCUCAGCCACAUGGGGGCGGUGCUGAAACAGGAAGUGGAGAAGCGUCCUCCUCACCAGACCCGAGUCUUCGUCGCCGUCCUGGAGCAGCUGCGCUGGUUCGCCGGGCUGCAGAUCCGCAACGUAGCGGCCGUUGGGGGGAACAUCAUGACGGCCAGCCCCAUAUCAGACCUCAACCCUGUGUUCAUGGCAGCGAACUGCAAACUCACACUGAUGGACAAAGACGGCAGCCGUGUGAUUCGUAUGGACGACGGUUUCUUCCGCGGCUACAGGAAGACGAGUGUGCGUCCGCAGGAAGUGCUGCUGUCCAUCGAGAUCCCGUACAGCAAGAAGACUCAGUUCGUCUCCGCCUUCAAACAGUCGCCUCGGCGGGAGGAUGACAUCAGCACCGUCACCGCGGCGAUGAGCGUCACCUUCGCCCCGGGGACCGCGGUGGUGGAGGACGUGAGGCUGAGCUACGGCGGCAUGGCGCCCGUCACCACGCUGGCGAGGACCACGGCCCAAAGGCUGCUGGGACGGUAA